UCAAUAUGUCAUGUCAUAAAACCAUAACAAAACAAAUUGCACAAAUAUUAUAAAACAUAACAAAGUAUAUAUAUUUUUAUUACUAAUUGUUUACAAUGGGCGUCGAUAUUGAAGUUAUCUCUCCCGGAAAUGGAUCUACAUAUCCAAAACCGGGUCAAACAGUAGUUGUUCAUUACACGGGCACCUUAGCCGAUGGAAAGCAGUUCGACUGUUCUAGAGAGCGUGGUCAACCCUUUAAGUUCACUCUUGGCAAAGGAGAUGUAAUCAAGGGAUGGGACAGAGGUAUUCCAAAAAUGUCAGUAGGUGAGAGGGCCCGAUUAAUCUGCUCACCUGACUAUGGUUAUGGCUCUCGAGGCCAUCCAGGGGUCAUCCCACCCAAUGCUACUUUAAUAUUCGACGUUGAACUGCUUCAUGUUGAAUAGCUAAAUAAUUCAGGUUAAAAAGUUAAGUUUCUGUAUUAUUUAAUUUGUAAUUUAUGGUAGCAGAAUCUUUGUUGUUGAGUCUAGAGUCUACAUGACUUCUUAUUUAAAUCCUAUAACCCUCCUUAAAUCAUAUUAAGUCUAAUUAAUUUCCUAAUGAUUUAAGACAAAAGAGGUCUACCUGAAAACGAAUUUAUCAUACUUAGUCCUUGUAUGCCUCUUUGGAUUUCAGUGUUUCAAUUACUUCUGUAAUAAUAAUACAUGGUUAAAAUACAAUUAUUAUAUUCUAUGUCUUAAAAAUAUUUUUCAAAAUGUUGAUUCAAUAUCCAGAGAUGACAAUGACUUGAUGGGAUUUUUUAUUAUUUCUCAUUAUUAAAAUAGGAACCUUUCUCAGUUCAGACCAGCUUUAUUGCUGCAUAAUAUUAAUUAUUUGAUAACUAUUUUAGGGAUGUAUGAUUGUCUUGAUGAUGCUUUUAAUUGUAAAUAUUAGGGAUGGAUUGACUAUAUUGAGUACCUGUUAUUCUUUCACUUAUUUAUUACAUAGUAUAAAACAAAGUUAUUUCCUGCCAUCUGCUUGUCCCUUAGUAUGCUUAGCUCUUUAAAACUAUGCCUACAUAGCUACAUAGUUAUUGAAGAGGAAGGUUUAUUUAGUAUAAUAGCCGUGUGAAGCUGGGGUCAGAUCACUAGUAAAUUAUAAAGUGAAACACAAACUACAAUUGUGGCUGGAUUUUAGCCCCAAUUAGUCAAUACAUCCCUGGUAAGUACAUGUAUGUUGUAUGUCUCCUAGCAUAUUAACUGGUUCAGUGACUUAAGAAAUUAUUUUAUACCAAAAGUAUUAUGCUGAAUUAUUUAGCGUUUAUAUUUACGUAUGUUUUAUAUACUUCCAUAUUUUAGUGUCUUAAUUCAUGGUUGCAUUUAUAUACUUGUUAUUGUUUUACUUAGAAGUGUUACAAAAAAGAUGUAUAAUAUUCCCCUGUGUGGUGACGGGUUAAGAAUUUCACCACCUCUUUACUCCUGUAGGUGUUGUAGAUUUGUGGGAGAUUGGUUCAAUUACGACAUUUCUUUCAACCCUAUAAUUGCUAAAAGUUUCACUGAAACUUGAGCAAACUCAUGUGUAUGAUAUUAAUGUAUCAUUAAAUUGAUAAUGUAUGAAUCUUACCUCUUCUUAUGCAAAAUACUCAUAAUAUUAUUCAAAUCACCAUGAUUAAAUAAAAAUGUUAUAUUAUAUUA